AUGGAUUACGGUAAAUAUCUUCACGAGCAAAAAAUCGUACAUCGUGACAUAAAAGGCGACAAUGUGCUGGUGAAUACGUAUAGUGGAGUGUGCAAAAUUAGUGAUUUUGGCACAUGUAAGCGACUCGCAGGGUUAAAUCCAGUUACGGAAACGUUCACAGGAACGUUGCAAUAUAUGGCACCAGAGGUAAUCGAUCAUGGUCAGCGGGGCUAUGGUGCGCCAGCUGAUAUCUGGAGCUUUGGAUGUACAAUGGUUGAAAUGGCAACGGGACGACCGCCAUUUGUUGAGAUGCAAAACCCACAAGCAGCAAUGUUCAGGGUGGGAAUGUUUAAAACACAUCCACCUUUGCCACAGGAUAUCUCCGAAAAAUGUAGACACUUCAUCAAGAGCUGCUUCGAACCGGAUCCACUCCAACGACCGAGCGCUUUAAAGCUGCUCAACGAUCCAUUCAUUCAACAAUAUAAUCAUUCGUAA